CUACAUCAGGACCAGUUUCUCAGUGUGGGGGGGGGGGGGGAGAGAGAGAGAAUGGGGGUGACAUCCUGCAGACACCUCAAGGAGAAACGCUGCCGUCUGAGGACAAUGUGCACGAGACGAAACACUGAGGUGGUGAAAUGUUUCCUCGGCUCUUUGUCGAGCUAUGUAUGGGAUGCUCCAGCACAGUGCAUGCCCCUCCCCCCUCUCUCAAUCCGGGCUGUCACUAAAACAACGAGAGCUUUGUGUCUGAUUAAUUCAAUGUACGGCGACGCGUUACCGGAGAAAGCUCGUUAUAGACGACGAGCCGCACAGCCGCCUGGACGGGAGGGGGGACACCGACUGCUGGAAGAGAGCUCUGGGUUAGCUUAAGAAGAAACACUUGAAGUUAUUAUUAUUAUUAUUCGAAUAAUAAAAAACCCGUGGGUGUUUGGGUUUUUUAAAUCUUUUUUUUUUUUUAAAGAUGAAGACCUCUUGAGAAUGGGUUGUUUGCACUGAGUCUGCAUCCUCGCGCACGAAAGGAGGGAUUUGUGUGUUCUGCUCGGCGUCAGCUUGGAGUAAAAAUACAUCACAGGAGGGAGGACAGACGCUCGGAAGGCAUGUCGUCGGAAAAACACGGACGUUAACGCGCAGGCCGAUGAUGGAGCUCUAACGGCGGCUUUCCGGGAAAGAAUGAAAAGAAAUAAAGGUCUCGAUGCCUCUGGUCGUCAGACCAUGCAGCCUCCUCCGUACCUCUCCGGCCCGCAAGACCCGAACGCACCCCAACACCCCAACAUGCAGCCGGCGCCGGGCAGCCAGCCCAACUACCCUCCUCCGCCCCCUCCCCCGGGCUCAGACGGAUAUCUACAAGAAACCCAGUUCCACUGCGGCCCGCUGGGUCCUCAGGGUGCCCCGCAGGGCUACACGGUCCAGACCCAGGGCCCCGGAGGCACCAUGUCUCACGCCCCUGUAGGAUACCUCCACCCGGCCUACCCGCUUCAGCUGCAGCCGUGCACAGCCUAUGUACCGGUCUACCCCAUGGCGUCGGGACAACCCUACAUGCCGGCUGCAGGAGGCCACCCGGGAAUCCCACCGGGCCAGAUGCAUCCCAUGCAAAUGCCACCCAGCAUCACCCUAAUGGACCGUCAGCCGCCACACGACUACCUGCCCAUCGCCGUGCUCACCACCAUCUGCUGCUUCUGGCCAACAGGCAUCAUUGCGAUCAUCAAAUCAGUGCAGGUGCGCACGGCGAUAGCCAGAGGGGACAUAGUGACGGCGGAGAUAGCCUCCCGAGAGGCACGCAACUUCUCCUUCAUCAGCCUGGCGGUUGGCAUCGCCUCCAUUGUGCUGUGCACCAUCCUCACCGUGGUAGUCAUCAUCGCCUCGCAGCACCACGACGACGACUGGGAGCCGUAGCUCCACACAGCGGCAGACAGAUGAGAAAUGAUGGCGUGUAUUAGCUAGCUAACUACUCUCUAUGGUUUGGAGGAAGUAGGAGCACUGAGAACGCACACAAACUGCUACCGCAUUGCUGGCCCUACUGUGUACAGCGCCACACACACACACACACACACACACACAGCUCUGACCUAACCCGCUGCCAUCAAACACACAAAACGACGACCAAAAUCCCAGCUGAUGAUCAAAUGCCAAAUACAAUCAGCUGUCAAUGACGCCCAGUAUUGCUGUUAGCACAGCGACCGCUUAAUAUUAACACUCCGACGUAGAGCUGCGCCAGGGAAGCGAAGCUCCUUGUAUUAACCAUUCAUUUGACGCUGCUUAAUUAAAAGGUCAUCGUGUUAAAUAUUUCAACAACUGAAUCUACUAAAUGGGCCCACGCAGUUGUUUUAAGGAUAUUUAAAUGCACAUUUUAGUCUUGCAAAUCAAAUUAAAGUAAAGUAUACAUGUUUUCUUUUUUAAAAAUGUAAAAAAUGACAAAAAAAGAAAAGAAAGUGCCAUGUGGAAACUAAGUUUAUUUACUUAAUAGUAUUAUAUUGCUAACAGAGACGGUAAAACGGAUUAAAGGUGUUAGAGGGGGUAAUCAAUACACAUUUAACACACCAAAUGGAGGCUGACAGUGUCUAAUGUAACCAAACAGAGUAUUUAUUUAAGAUUGGUUGUUCGUACGCUACAUGGACAUUGGAGCUGGAUGAGUUGUUGCAUCAUUUAUGAAUUAUAUGUUUGUUGAUUUAUUUAAAAUCUGUUAUUUAUGAAUUCAUUCAAUAUCUACCUAUGCGUCAACUUUGUCUGCUUUAAUUUACAGUAUAUCAUGUGUUGCAGCUAUCUGGCACUUUUGAAAUUGGCUUAAAUUUGAUAUCUGAUGCUGAUGCACUUUGUAAUAACCAGGCGAGACAACGCAGCUGCUUACCUUCAUAGUUCUUAUAGUGCAUGAUACAUAUAAAUUUAAGCUAGUGGGGCAUCUAGUGCAAUAAUAGCUUGUCUCCCAGCUGUUGGUGCAAAUAUUUCCUAAAAUGUCCACAAGUGUGUGGGGCAGAUUUCUUUUCUCAAACUAGUUACUGUCAAUAAAAGAAAAUGAGAUCAUUUAGAUGAUUAAUAUAUAGUAUUUGAAUCUUAGGUUUGCAAUAUUGUUUUGGCAAGUAUUUUAGGAGUGUAAUGGCUGGUUUUGUGUUGCACAUCUCUUAGCUAUUUAAUCUCCCAGACACUGUGUGUGAAACUUCAGAGCAACGUGAGGCUCACGAGGCAGCGAAGCCCUGCAUGUCAUCCUCAGUUUGUUUCCGUUUGUCUUAAAUAUCGAGGUUAGAUGUGCGACUGUGAGCUCCUAUAACGUAGUUUCACUGUAACACAAUGAGCCAGGGUUCAUUUCAUAUGAGGAUGGUCUCCUUAAUCCAGCAACAGGUGUGCUGUUGUUUAUAAGAGCUGUAAGUCAACAGUACUGUAUGAACUAUAUGAGGUUUAUGGGAGGAACUGAAAACGAAUGUUUCCAAUAGGAGAGAGUGAGAGAAUAUUAAUGCCUAUACUGUAUUGUAGCACUUUCCGCUCUAUGAAAUCUUUCCUCUGGUCUGUUUGUCUUUCUCCUGUUCACAUGAGUUAUUGGACCUAUUCAUACUUCACUUAUGCCCCCCCCCCCUCUCUGAACCCCCCCCCCCUCUGUUGGUUGACGAUACUAUUUUUAAAAGAAUUACACAGAGAUAUGAAAUAAUUAUGUUUGUUAAUAAUGAACACAAAGAGAGACAGUAUAACUACAGUUUAUUCUGUUGUUUAUAUAUUAGUAUUGUUGUUAUUAUUAUAGGCAACUGCAUUGCAUUCGAUUAUCACUCGUAUAGUAAUAAGUACAUCUCGGCACGUAUUUAUCAAACUUCUAAAAACCUCACUAAAUAAUGCUCCUAAAAAGCCGAUGUAGUAAUAAUCUAUUUUUUUAAAGACACAUUUAAAAGCAAUCCUUCAAUAAAUAUCGCUGCAUAAAUAUGUUAUUUAUUAAAUACAGAAUUUUUACUACGGCUUUAGAUAAAAUAUUAUUAGUUUGAACAAUCAAUACAAGCAUGUUUCUCAGAAGGUGUGUGAUUUAUUAAAUGUAGGCUACAUGGUUUAAAUUGAAGAACAUUAAAAAAUUAAAGAAAGCUGAUACAAUUGUAUUAAUCAAUGCGGUAAUUCCACUUCAUGGGAAAUAUGUUUAUUUGAUUAGAAGAUCGAUACCACAGGUCUGUGUGCCAAUGAAGAAGCUACAGCCAGGAGACGGUUAGCCUAACUUAGCUUAGCAUCCAGCAUGUAAACAGGAGGAUACAGCUUCGUUUGGCUCUGUCAGCUUGUUUUGCCACUUGCGUCGUUAAAAGAAGGAGAGAUAUAACAUGUUAAUCAGUGAGCGUUAGAGGUGCUAGUGAGUAGAUUGUAUUAACUUUGGAUAAAGCCAGGCUAGCUAGUCUGUUUCCCCCUGUUGCUAAGUUAAGCUAACUAGCAUCCGGCCCUUGCUUCACAUUGUAUUGGUAAAAAGAAGCAUCAUUCCCAAAUUGAUAAAGUUUAUUGAAGUUAUUGAAUUGGAGUAAAAAUGUAGGCUUUUUACAUUUAAACCCAACAUUUAUCUUUUAGCUGUUUGAUAAAUGCAGGCCAUGUCCUUAUAAAGAUUGACUCAGUGAUAUUUCCGUGUUAAAAGAGUAAAUGAAGCACAGUAUUGUUUUGUAUUAUUAUUGUACAGAGGGCUCUGGCGGUGAGUGUGUCUAAUGAAUAGAGUCACUCCUAGCAUAUCUAAAGUUAGUUUAUACAGCGCUAGGCUUCAUCUCCCUGUGUGCAGUCUGAUGGGACUCUUCUGUGCUCAGCAGUAUGGCUGUGUUCUCACACAGCGGGUGGUGUGUUCUUCAUUUUCUUAUUUUCUUAGUUUGGGUUUUGAGCUUGUAAAUGCGAUGGGUUGCUUGUUUCAAAGAGCCAGAAAUUACCUGUGUACGUGUGGUUCUCUUGGGGUUUAUUAUUAUAAUGAUGUUCAUGGCUGUGAUGCUCACACGUUGGUUGUUUCUGACUUCAGUUGUUUCAGUAAUGAAUAAAAAAAAUCAAUUUUU